GUUCUUCGACUUCUUUGUUUGUUCAUCUUCGGAAGUUUUGCACAAAAAUCGGCAAUUUUUUUGUUUCCUUCCUUAAAAGGCUUUUUUUCUAAAUUCAAGUGAAAAAUGCAUAGCUUUAGUGUGAUUUUGGUCGUAUCGGCCUUUGUGGGCCUGACCAUGGCAGGAUAUUCCCAUGGCGGUGGUGGCUCCAGCUAUACCUCGGUGGUGAAGCAUGAUAUUCCCAUUUAUCAUCAUCACCAUCAUGGCAGUGGUGUUGGUGGUGGUGGUGGGGACAUCAAAUACAGUUCCGGAGGACAUUACGAUUUGGGCUACUAUGGCGGAGAAUAUUUGGAUAAAGGUUAUGGCUAUGCUGGCCAUGUGGGCAAAUUGGAUUAUUACAAAUAUCCUAAAUAUCAAUUCGACUAUGGUGUCAAGGAUCUGAAGACUGGUGAUAUUAAGAAUCAAUGGGAACAUCGUGAUGGUGGCUUAGUGAAGGGUGGCUAUUCCCUAAAGGAAUCCGAUGGCACAACCCGUGUUGUGGAAUACCAUGCCGAUGACCAUAACGGCUUCAAUGCCGUUGUCAAGAAAAUCGGCCAUGCCCAUCAUCCCGAAAUCUAUGCCAAGGGUCAUCAGUAUGGAGCUGGUUAUGGUUAUGCCGGCAAUUCUCUGGAUCAGGGUUAUUAUCAUGGUGGAUACGGUUAUGGUUUGGGACAUGCCCAUGGACAUGGCCAUGCCAGCAGUUAUGUGAAUGUGAAACAAUUGUAAACCAAAUCCUUGCCAUCCUGAUGAUGAACGACGCAAACGGACCUGACUGUGAAUAUUAAUUUAACCUAUGAUUAAUCACCAAAAUUCCACCAUAACCUCAAGCGAGUUACACCCUCCCUCCCUAAAAAAUAGACAAUCAAAUAUACAUAAACAUAUACACCCGUGCAUACUCAUAAUGUGUAAUUCUAGUUUGUUAAAAUAGUUAAAGUUUGUAAAAGCGAAAAAAAAACCCAAAAAAAUAAAUAAUCCUUAAAAGGAUAUACAUG